AUAGCGGGUGUGUGAGAAGAAGCCGGGAAGGCAGGUCUUUCCCUUCCCCCUUCCCCCUCCCCGAGACGGCGGCGAUUCUAAAGAGGCGGCGGCGGUUAAAGCAGCAACGGCAGCAGGAGCGGUAGCGGGCGGGAAUGGCGUGUUUCGCGGAGGCAGUGGCCUUUGCUGCCCAGCCGUCUCUCCUCCGUCCUGGCCGAGGGUGUGAAGAGGACACCCGAGACCGAUAGAUAUGAGGUAACGGCAUCUAUUAGCAACUUAAAGUAACUGAAUCAUGGCUCAGUUUCCAACACCUUUUGGAGGCAGUCUGGACAUCUGGGCCAUAACUGUGGAAGAGAGAGCGAAGCAUGAUCAGCAAUUCCACAGUUUGAAACCAAUAUCUGGAUUUAUCACUGGUGAUCAAGCCAGGAAUUUUUUUUUUCAGUCUGGUUUACCUCAACCAAUUUUAGCACAGAUAUGGGCUCUGGCAGAUAUGAACAAUGAUGGGAGAAUGGACCAACUGGAAUUUUCUAUAGCUAUGAAACUUAUCAAACUAAAGCUACAAGGUUAUCAGCUCCCUUCUUCAUUACCUCCUAUUAUGAAGCAGCCUCCCAUUGCUAUUUCUACAACGCCAGGAUUUGGAAUAAGCGGUCUCUCCAGUAUACCACCUCUUACAGCUGUUGCUCCAGGGCCAAUGACAUCCAUGUCAGUUGUGGGAAUGUCUCCACCUUUAGUAUCUUCUGUUCCUACAGCAGCUGUGCCUCCUGUUGCUAAUGGAGCACCAGCUGUCACCCAACCUCUGCCUGCUUAUGGUCAUCCCGCAACAUUGCCAAAGAGUUCCUCCUUCAGUAGAUCUGGUGGAGGAUCCCAACUAAAUGCAAAGCUGCAAAAGGCACAAUCAUUUGAUGUGGCUGGUGCAUCUCCGGCAGUAGAGUGGGCUGUUCCGCAGUCAUCAAGACUAAAAUACAGGCAGCUAUUCAAUAGUCAUGAUAAAACAAUGAGUGGACAUUUAACAGGUCCACAAGCAAGAACUAUCCUUAUGCAGUCAAGUUUACCACAGGCUCAGCUGGCUACAAUAUGGAAUCUUUCAGAUAUUGAUCAAGAUGGAAAACUGACAGCAGAAGAAUUUAUUUUAGCUAUGCAUUUAAUUGAUAUGGCUAUGUCAGGACAGCCAUUGCCACCUGCGUUAUCCCCAGAAUAUAUUCCUCCUUCAUUUAGAAGAGUUCGCUCUGGCAGUGGUGUAUCUGUCACAAGUUCAAUGUCUGUAGAGCAACGGUUACCAGAAGAACCAGUAUUAGAAGAAGAACAGCAGCAACUGGAAAAGAAAUUGCCUGUUACAUUUGAAGAUAAAAAACGUGAGAACUUUGAGCGUGGCAAUCUAGAGCUUGAAAAGCGGAGACAGGCUCUUUUGGAACAACAGAGAAAAGAGCAAGAGCGCCUUGCACAAUUGGAAAGGGCGGAGCAGGAAAGGAAGGAACGUGAACGGCAGGAGCAGGAGCGGAAAAGACAACUGGAGUUAGAAAAGCAGUUAGAAAAACAGAGAGAAUUGGAACGCCAAAGGGAAGAGGAAAGGAGGAAAGAAAUAGAAAGGCGUGAGGCUGCUAAAAGAGAACUGGAAAGGCAAAGACAGCUUGAGUGGGAACGUAAUCGUCGUCAAGAAUUGCUGAAUCAAAGAAACAAAGAGCAAGAAGAUAUAGUUGUUCUGAAAGCCAAGAAAAAAACUUUGGAAUUUGAACUGGAAGCUUUAAAUGAUAAAAAACAUCAACUGGAAGGGAAGCUUCAGGAUAUCAGAUGCAGAUUGGCUACCCAAAGGCAAGAAAUUGAGAGCACAAACAAAUCUAGAGAGCUGAGAAUUGCAGAAAUUACACAUUUACAACAGCAGUUACAAGAAUCUCAGCAAAUGCUUGGAAGGUUGAUUCCAGAAAAACAGUUACUCAAUGAUCAAUUAAAGCAAGUUCAGCAGAACAGCUUGCAUCGAGAUUCAUUUCUCACUGUCAAAAGAGCCUUAGAAGCAAAGGAGUUAGCAUGCCAGCAGCUUCGUGACCAGCUAGAUGAAGUAGAAAAAGAAACCAGAUCAAAACUUCAGGAGAUAGAUAUUUUCAACAACCAAUUAAAGGAGCUGAGGGAGAUACAUAACAAGCAGCAGCUACAGAAGCAAAAGAAUAUAGAAGUUGACAGAUUAAAACAGAAGGAGCAAGAGAGGAAAGUAGAACUGGAAAGACAGAAAGAUAACCAGAGAAAAACCCAAGAAAGAGAAAGACAGUGGCUUGACAGAAUACAACAGGAAGAAGAACAUUCACGGUCAAGAAAAAAUCAAGAGGAAGAAAAACAAAAAUGGGAAGAAUUAAGUAAAAAGAAAGAAAAUGAUGAAAAGAACAAACAGGAAGUGCCAGAAAAAAUGAAUAAAUUUUUUCAUCACCAUAAAGAUUCAACAAAACCAGCUAUCCAAGCUCCUUGGUCAACUGCAGAAAAGGCUCCAGUAACUAUUUCUGCUCAGGAAGAUGUAAAAAUAGUGUACUAUCGAGCUCUGUAUCCUUUUGAAUCCCGAAGCCAUGAUGAAAUCACUAUCCAGCCAGGAGACAUCAUCAUGGUGGAUGAAAGCCAAACUGGAGAACCUGGAUGGCUUGGAGGUGAACUGAAGGGAAAAACAGGAUGGUUUCCUGCAAACUAUGCCGAAAAAAUGUCUGAAAAUGAAAUUCCAAGUUCCGUAAAGCAGCUAACUGAUGUGACAUCUGUACCCAAAAUUUCAUUACGUGAAACUCCUACAACACCUCUGGCACCACCUGUUCCUACAGAUUCAAGUCCUACUAGCAACAACUGGGCAGACUUCAGUUCAACAUGGCCAACAACUGCUAGUGAUAAGCAAGAAACGGAUAACUGGGAUGCUUGGGCAGUUCAGCCUUCCCUUACAGUUCCAAGCACAGGGCAGUUAAGACAAAGAUCUGCCUUUACUCCUGCAACUGUUACUGGAUCAUCUCCUUCUCCUGUUUUGGGUCAGGGUGAAAAAGUAGAAGGACUUCAAGCACAAGCACUAUAUCCUUGGCGAGCCAAGAAAGACAACCAUUUAAAUUUUAACAAGAAUGAUAUCAUCACUGUGUUAGAACAGCAAGAUAUGUGGUGGUUUGGGGAGGUUCAAGGACAAAAAGGAUGGUUUCCUAAAUCCUAUGUGAAGCUUAUAUCAGGUCCUAUAAGGAAAUCAACAAGCAUGGAUUCUGGAUCUUCAGAGAGUCCUGCUAACUUGAAGAGGACAUCACCAGUUGCAAAAUCUGCAUUUUCAGGAGAAGAAUAUAUUGCUAUGUAUACAUAUGAGAGCUCUGAACAAGGAGAUUUAACAUUUCAACAAGGAGAUUUAAUUCUUGUGACCAAGAAGGAUGGUGAUUGGUGGACAGGAGUGCUGGGUGAAAAAUCUGGAGUGUUUCCAUCUAAUUAUGUUAGACUCAAAGACUCUGAGGUUCCUGGAACUGCUGGAAAAACCGGAAGCUUAAGCAAGAAACCUGAAAUCGCUCAAGUCAUUGCCUCAUACACAGCAACAGGCCCUGAACAGCUUACUCUUGCUCCUGGUCAGCUCAUACUUAUCAGGAAGAAGAAUCCUGGGGGUUGGUGGGAAGGAGAACUCCAAGCUCGUGGGAAAAAACGGCAAAUAGGAUGGUUUCCUGCUAACUAUGUGAAACUCUUAAGUCCUGGUACUAGUAAAACCACACCAACUGAGCCCCCUAAACCAACAGCAUUACCUUCAGUGUGCCAAGUGAUUGGUAUGUAUGACUACAUUGCACAAAAUGAUGAUGAGCUAGCGUUCAACAAAGGCCAGAUCAUUAAUGUCCUUAAUAAAGAAGACCCUGACUGGUGGAAAGGAGAAGUGAAUGGGCAUGUGGGUCUCUUCCCAUCCAACUAUGUGAAACUGACAACUGAUAUGGAUCCAAGCCAGCAAUGGUGUGCCGAUUUGCAUCUUCUAGACAUGUUGACACCCACAGAAAGGAAACGGCAAGGGUACAUUCAUGAACUCAUAGUAACAGAGGAGAACUAUGUGAAUGACUUACAAUUAGUAACAGAGAUCUUCCAGAAGCCACUGAUGGACUCUGAACUGUUGACAGAAAAAGAAGUUGCUAUGAUUUUUGUAAACUGGAAGGAACUCAUUAUGUGCAAUAUUAAACUACUGAAAGCACUGCGAGUUCGUAAAAAGAUGUCAGGUGAAAGAAUGCCAGUUAAAAUGAUAGGUGAUAUCCUGACUGCACAGCUUCCUCACAUGCAGCCCUACAUUCGGUUCUGCAGCUGCCAGCUGAAUGGGGCAGCACUCAUCCAACAGAAAACAGAUGAAGUGCCUGACUUCAAGGAAUUCGUUAAAAAAUUAGCAAUGGAUCCUCGCUGUAAAGGAAUGCCAUUAUCAAGCUUUUUGCUAAAGCCUAUGCAACGAGUUACACGAUAUCCUCUGAUAAUAAAAAAUAUAUUAGAAAAUACUCCUGAAAAUCACCCUGAUCAUAGCCACUUGAAACAUGCUUUAGAGAAAGCAGAAGAAUUAUGCUCGCAAGUGAAUGAAGGUGUACGUGAGAAGGAAAAUUCAGACAGAUUAGAAUGGAUCCAGGCUCAUGUUCAGUGUGAAGGAUUAUCAGAGCAACUUGUUUUUAAUUCUGUUACAAACUGCUUGGGGCCACGCAAAUUUCUGCACAGUGGGAAACUCUACAAGGCCAAGAGCAACAAGGAAUUAUAUGGUUUUCUGUUCAACGACUUCCUCCUGCUGACACAGAUCAUAAAACCUCUUGGUUCAUCUGGCACAGACAAGGUUUUCAGCCCCAAGUCUAAUCUGCAGUAUAAAAUGUACAAAACCCCUAUAUUUCUAAAUGAGGUUUUGGUAAAACUGCCUACGGAUCCUUCUGGGGAUGAGCCCAUCUUCCAUAUCUCACAUAUUGAUCGAGUCUACACCCUUCGUGCUGAAAGUAUAAAUGAAAGGACAGCUUGGGUUCAGAAAAUCAAAGCUGCUUCUGAACUUUACAUAGAAACAGAGAAGAAGAAGAGGGAAAAAGCAUACUUAGUCCGAUCCCAAAGGGCAACAGGUAUUGGAAGGUUAAUGGUGAACAUUGUUGAAGGUAUUGAACUGAAACCCUGCAGAUCUCAUGGAAAGAGUAACCCGUAUUGUGAAGUGACGAUGGGCUCACAGUGUCAUAUCACCAAGACUAUACAGGACACUCUCAAUCCCAAGUGGAAUUCUAACUGUCAGUUUUUUAUCAAAGAUUUGGAACAGGAUGUGCUGUGCAUAACAGUGUUUGAGAGAGAUCAGUUCUCUCCUGAUGAUUUCUUGGGUCGAACAGAAAUCCGUGUGGCUGAUAUUAAGAAAGACCAGGGCUCAAAGGGACCGGUUACUAAGUGUCUUCUCCUGCAUGAAGUCCCAACAGGAGAGAUAGUUGUCCGACUUGAUCUGCAGCUGUUUGAUGAGCCUUAAAAAGGAGAAUAUUUACCCCUUUCAAACAUUGGAUGUGCUGAGACUUUGCAAAGUGAGCGAACUCAGGCAAAAGAACCUGCUAUCCUGCAAAUGUAAGGAUUCACUGCCGUACUGCAAUUCAAAUAGGAAAACCUUGAUUCAGCAGGGUGCUUGGAAAUCAUUUGAACAAAAGCCUAUGAGCUUAAGAACUUGGAUGAACUUGACACAUUGACAGAAUUUGGAAAGUAUGUUUAUUUCAGUACAAGCGCAUUCUCUAUUUUCAGUUAUUCCAUUUGAUACCCAAGGAUCAUGAUUAAAUGGGGAUUUUUGUAGAUUUUCAGAAUGGGAGGUGUUAAUGGUUCUGUUAGCACGUCAGUGUUCUCGUGAGUUGUGUUGGCUUUGCUGUUCUUUGCAUGUUGUUUUGGUAUCAGUUUCCAUGUUUCCUGUGGAGAUGAGUGUUCUUUAGCACAGCAAAUCUUUAUUAUUUCCAUUAGGAAAUUAGGAUAGCUUUAUACUUGAUAGGUAUAUGAGGUCUGGUAAUAAAUGUAAAUUGUGCUUGAAACUGUGUAUUAUUAUUUCCAAGGAGGCCACUGUAUUAUUUUCAGUAGUCAUUUUUUUAAAAUCCUGUAUGUUGGAAAAACAACAAAGUUUACAUUUCAUACUUUUAAGAAUUGGUUUACUAUUUAUUUAUUGAAGAUAGUGUAGAAUUUUGUAUCAGAAAUGACAUACUUAUGUAUUUUUUUGACCAGAGAAACACACUUUAGUUAGAAACUUUAAACUGACCAAGUUUUAGACUAUGUUUAACUUAACAGGCAUGCAGUUAUUUAGCACUGACUGGUUGAAAACACAAUAAAAAAAUCAGUUAAGUUUUUAUUUUUCAAUGUUGUUUGAAAUGUUUGAAUUAAAAUAUGUAAAUAGUACAAAUCUCACACUUUCCUUUUUUCUGUAUCAGUACAUUUUAUUAAAUAUAAUGUAUAUGAAAAUAAUACAUUAUGUAGAGGAAAAAAAGGAAAUCCUUUCGUGCUGGAAAAAUAUUAAAUGUCAUUGUUCUAA